CGACUUUGCCAGAUCGUUGGUUCACCUUUUUUUGAGCAAUUUUUAUCGCAAGAUGUUCACCAUAAGACGUUUAAGCGCACAUUUCAUGCCAUAAAGUUUGUAUUGAUUUCUAUAUCCGUGAACAUUUUUUCUGAAUAAUAAAGAUUUGCAAGGAGUGUAAAGCGAUGAACUUUCGAGAAAACAACAACAACAAAAAGUUGAUCUCUGUAGAGCCAGUGCAUGCUGUUCUUACUUUCCCUCAAAGUUUUCCACAGGCAGGGAUCAGUAGCUGCGAUCUUGUCCGAGUCUAACAUCGUAAUCAGUGCUGUGCGACACACACACACACACACACACGAAGUUCGGUAUAUGAACCGUGAUUUUUUUCCCCUCUAGUCGCCGGAUUCCGGGUAACAUAUGGCGUAAACGCGAGCACAGCUGGAGGUAGCGUUUGCACGGCGCUGAUGUCAGAGCAGCUGACUCCACAGCUUGCGGGAUAAUUAGCGAACAGGGCCACCAGUUCACCCACUCGCUUGCUUUUGCUCGGACGUGAAGCGCGAGCUCUUUCUUUCUCGCCGGUGUGGGUUUUUUUUCCCGGCUCGCGAGCUCCGGAGCGCGAGCGAUCUGUGUUUGGCGUCGGGCGCGUGUUGAGUUUGUACGCGGUUUGUUUUCUUUCUUCGCGACUCCGUGAGGGCGCGCACAAAGUCACGAGCGACUUUCUCUAAGAAGGUUAUGAGAGAAGCAUGGAGUUCCCAGACCACAGCCGCCACUUGCUGCAGUGCCUUAGUCAGCAGCGUCACCAGGGCUUCCUGUGCGACUGCACGGUGCUGGUUGGCGCGGCACGGUUCCGUGCGCACCGGGCCGUUCUGGCCUCGUGCAGCAUGUACUUCCACCUUUUCUACCGGGACCAGCUGGACACCCAUGACGUGGUGCGACUGAACAGCGACAUUGUGACAGCACCAGCAUUCAGCCUGCUCCUCGAGUUCAUGUACGAGGGUAAGCUCGAGUUCAGCACGCUGCCGGUGGAGGAUGUGCUGGCCGCCGCCAGUUAUCUGCAUAUGUAUGACAUUGUCAAAGUGUGCAAGGGAAGACUGAAAGAAAAGGAGCUGUCCUGCCUGGAUGAGAAACUUGUUGACAGUGUGAGUUUGAGCUGCCUGGACAGGGAGAGCUUGCAUGACAGGGAGAUAGAGCCCUGCAAAAUCCCCUUGAGAGGCCAAAUGGCAGAUGACAUGGACAUGGAUGACAUCACAGAUUGCGAUAGGCCAGCACUGGCAAGGCAGAAGGCUAACGGUCACCUUAGUGGGUCUCCGGACCUUGUAGGUGUCAAUUAUGUGUCAGCCGAGGCCGAGGCCCAUGUGCGAACAGCUGGAAAAACGAAUGUGGACGUCAGCGGUGCGUCCCAAAGGUCCCGGGCGCCCGAUGACACGGACAGUGCGCUGGACUUGUCUUUGAAGGCUCUGUCGGGCAGAGAUGUGGGACAGCUGGCCCUCGACAGGCAGCAGCAGGGCAUAGAGAUGCACGCUCGAGACGAACACGGCACGCUGUCAGUGAAGGAGGAGGGUGGGGGUGCCAGCUUUGGGAAUAGUGUGCCCAUGACAGGGUUCGAUGCCCUCUUUCGGGGCAAAAAUGGCACUCUGCUGCCCCCGGAGGAGCACCUGAUGAUGGAGGAUGAGGAGGAGGAGGUGGUGGGGUUGGACGCUGAUGAAGAGGAGGAGGGGGUGGGAGGAAGGGUGGGGGUUUUAGUGGCACAAAGGGCACGUAGCCACAGCCGAGAGGGGAGCGAGGAGGCUCGAGGAAGAAGUGAAGUGCACAGUGAGGAGGACGAGGACGACGACGAGCUGGCCUCCACGGACAUCACUGCACUCCUGCCACCGGCAGGCACUGUUCCAGUCUGUGUGUGCCCGCUAUGCAGCAAGGCAUUCCCAACGCCACACGCUCUGCAGCCGCACCUGAGCGCGCACUUCCGCGAGCGGGAGGGUGCCCGCACCAAGCUCUCGCCCGACGCUUCGGUGCCCACCUGUGCUCAGUGUGGCAAGACCUUCUCGUGUGCGUACACAUUAAAGCGGCACGAGCGCACACACUCGGGCGAGAAGCCCUACACGUGUGGCACGUGCGGCAAGAGCUUCCAGUACUCGCACAACCUGAGUAGGCACGCUGUGGUGCACACACGUGAGAAACCUCACGCCUGCAAGUGGUGCGAGCGCCGCUUCACACAGUCAGGAGACCUGUACCGCCAUAUUCGCAAGUUCCACUGCGCCCUCGUCAAGACCCUCUCUGUCGGAUAAGCACACACCUUUUCUACUCCCAAAGGCUGUUUCUCUCCUAUAAAUAUAUAUGAAGUAUUUAAGCAUAGAGGGGAGUCCUUCUCUAAACCCUAAGCCACAGUGGUUGUACUCGACCAGCUGUAGAUAUGUUACAACUUAAAAUUGGAUCCAGUAUUUUGCUGUAUUUUAAUGCAGAGUUUAGGACUAAAGGUCCUAUUGGAGUCCCUCCACCCAGUGGAGAAGUGUGAAGUGAAGGUUUCUGAUGCACUUGGUCAGUCACUGGCAGCGUCUUUUGAAGUUCAUUGAUAAAUAUGAGGGUUUUUUUUGUUGUCAUAUCAACAGUACUAUACAUUUUUGAAGUAAUUGCAAUUUACUGAACGGAUAAAACAUUGUAUUGAAGUGAGCAAUAGAAAUGUAGGUUAAGUUAUAUCUGCAAAAGAUAUGUAAUAAUAACUUCGUAACUGACCGAUUUUUAAUCACAACUCCUGAAUGCAGAAUGGCAGAGAAGUUGAAGGUAAUUAUUUGGCUGUCACUAGUUUAUCAUGACUGGGGAAACAGGGUCAUGUGUUUCCUCUUGAACUGGAAACAGUUUCUUUAGUAAUACAAUUACAAGGACAAGUACUAACUUUAUUAUAACUAUAAUACUGCAGCUGUUCUGCAAAAUAACUAUAAAUUUGAUAGUUUUUUUGAGAAGCUGAAUGAGGUGACAUGGGACCUCUGGAUGUGACGGAACUAAAAUAACCCCUUUUUAUUAAUUAGCUAGCAUUUCGGUGCGUCUUUAUUAAUCCUGUUGAACUGGAAACACUAACAAUCUGACAAACAUUCUGGUGAAACGUGAAUGUCGGAGCCUUUAUAUCGUUUAUAAAUUAACUUUAUCUUUUCAUCCUACCUAACAUUUUUUUUGUUAGUUGUUAAGUUUUGUAUUUUUUUUUUUUGUAGUUAUAAUGACAAGAGGCACUAAAAGGCCACGUAAUACUGUUUCAUUUUAUUUCCUGAGAAAACUUGAUUAGAAUUAUUUAUUAGUUCUGUUGGUUCAGGGUUUACUGUAAACAUCUGAAGUAUAGACAGUUGUGUUAGGUCCUAGUAUGUCCUAUGGGUACUGUUUUCGGCUACACUGAAUGGAUUGAUUGUAAAAUCAGUUGCUGUAUAUUGGUUUAUCAUUUCACUGUAACUUGUGUAGAUAAGCCAUCUGUAAUCACUGUUUGUCAAGAGUUGACUGCAGAAAUGCUAAGACGCACGUGCUUUGUGCAUACCUAGACUGUACAUACAACACUGAUAUUCUAUAGGCUGCUAUUUCUAACUGUAUAUUUAUUGUAAAUAUGCAUUUUAUUUAUCUUUUUCUCUCUCUCUCUCUCUCUCUCUCUCUCUCUCAGCUCUCUUGACUUUCGAAGUCUUCCCUUGGUUUGUUGGUCUGUUUUAAAGCCUGUAAUGCUGUAACUCUAACAGAUGUAGCAGAUUCAGAAGUCACUAAGACUUGCAAAAAAAUGAUACUGCUAAGUUAAAAAAGAAAAGGUAUUUAUUUAGGGAGUAACACAUGGCAUUCUGCUCUAAACUACUUGGAAGUGUUACGAAGGUUGUUUGUAACACUCUUCGAUUCUGUCACCAGAGCUGUUUGGUGUGAUAUCUCUCCUGCAAGACAAAAACAAAACCAGAACAUUAGAGUCAGUAAGGAUGUGAGCGUACCCUGUGCGAUUCUCACGGACUAGACUCCACUCUGCAAGCAUUUCUUCUCUGUUGCACAUUUGUCAGGCAGCUGUUUGAAAAAAGCAUAUUUGAAUUCAUGUAAUUGUGAAGCUCUGUGUUUGUUCAAGGUACUUCAGUGAAAUUCUGCGUGAAACACUGGAAAUUCGUGGACUGAACACAAACAAAUCUUAAUAGAGAACAUUUUCAGAGAACUGUGUAAUGAUAUUACUAAGUAGCACUGGACAGUAGGUCUUUUUUAUUUUUUAUUUUCUUUCCUGACAGUCUAUCUGAUGCAGCUAAUACUGACGAAAUGUAGGUGAAAAGUGUGUGUCGAUAAGAAUCUGACUCCACUGAGAUUCAUAGGUAAUAUGCAUCGACUCGAUCUACACAGUAUGUGCCUUGUUGACACACAUGAAUCCGACAGCAAAUUCAUCAUUGGGCAUUAUUGUCAGCCUGUAAUUCUUCAUUCUGUACAAGCUGUUACUGAAAGCAAAAAAAAAAAAAACCACAUGGUGGUAACGUUGUACACAAUAAGAGUUUUUUUUUUAAUGAUAUAUCACAAAAUGUUAAAAGAACAGAAUACAAUAUUAUAAUAUUAGGCCGUGUAUAGGAAACAGGUGCAACAUACUUGAAGUAACUUCCUGUACGGAUGCAGUCAUGUGAUCAGCAGUGAGCCAAUAUUGAACUGUCGCACAUGACCAGCAGGAGCCUAAUCACGGUUAAUGCAAGCACCAGUAAUAACUCUAACUAUAAGAUGUGCUUUGAUUUGAAAAAUCGAGCCUAAGGCACAAAUAUGCUUUUCUUCAGCAAAAGUGUGUACGUAAGCAUUAAUACUGGAAUAUCGUCUUCUAAGGUUCAGACUGUGAAACUGUAUAAUCAUAAGAGUUAUUUAUUGAUUUCUUUCUUGUGCAAAUAUUUUACUGAGUUUGACUUAAGUAACGAAAGAUGCUACUAAACUGAGAACAUUUUUAAUAGACUUUGUAGAAGUGCCAUUAGAUUUAAUAUAAUUUUUUUUUAUAAGAAACAUAUAUUUUAUAGGAAACAGAUGCUUUCAUGUUAGUGCUCUAGUGAAUGUAGGUGACAAUCUGUUUGAUUAAAAAAACAUUUUUUUUGUUGUUGUUGACAGAUUAACGCUGUUAUGUUACAACUUUGGAAUUUGUUUGUGGUUUUUAUUUGCCGCUUUUGACGUGUACCCGUGUGUGUGCUGUGGAAAAAGUGACAAUCUUGAGCUAGGACUUUAUUUCGAUUCUGUAUAGAUUAAAUAGAGAAUUUUAUGUCAGAACUCUGUGUGUAUUUGUGUGUGUAUGUGUGUGUGCGUUUUCAGUUAUUUCUCUUGUUACUAUUGCACUUUAAUGUACUGUCAAAUGACAAAACAUUAACCAAUCUUUUUUAUACAUUUUAACAUCAAUUACGAUUUUUUUUUUUUUAACAUGUGUUUUUAUCUCAAUGAGGAAGCCCUGAACCUCUUUUCAAGGACUUAUUGUCAAGGAGGAUCUCUCCAGGUUUCUGUUUAUAAAUACAUCAGCUGUUUGAGGGUUGAAGUGCUACUGUAUACAGGCAACACAUUGAUCUUUUUCUUCCCCCACCAACAAAGACACUUUGCGUGGCUGUGGAGGAAAAGGUACAAGCAGUGAUAUCUGGGAAGGUUUAAGUCGAUCGUGAGAAAGCGACGACAUUUCAUGCCAUGUAGCAGUCCAGUUAAAAUUGUUCACUUGGAUCAAAAAAUCAAAUCAUAGUCUGUAAAGAAACUAGGAAACUCACACUUAUACUGGCUUAACAAUAUAAACAGAGCCGCUCGCAUGGAUACAUGUUGUAUAUACACUUACACCUGCACAUGUCAAUAAUUUAUUAACUCGCAGAUAAAAAAGCACAAAACUUUACAUCAUACCUGUAAAGAACAAAAUAUCAAAAAGACUUCACUUUUAUGACGUUUAAGACUAAUGAGUUCACAUUUGUCAGUCUGUAUGCCAACAUCUUGUGCUGUGUAGUUUCAGAAAGGUUGGGGUCUAUGUUGUUGUUUGUUCUUUCUUUCGUGUCUUUUACUUGUGUAGAUGUUGUCAUAGGUGGAUGGGGAAGUGUGUAUAUAGAGCCAGGGCCCAGAGUUAUACACUUUAUACUUACUUUAUAUGCAGUGUAAGUUGUAAAUUAUGCAAGUGUGUGCCUCCAAAAGGGAGGUUGGAACGUUACAAUGAUGUUCCAGGACAUUAAAAAAUUAAAUGGAGAACUUGCUUUUUUUUUUAAAAAGGCUUGGGAGAUCAUUAUUAUCAUUUAAUACUUCACACAAACUAUGUGGAAAUAAAGUGUAUGCUGGUUUGCUUUGUUAGUUCUUUAAAAACUACGACUAAACCAGUUGAGGCUUAUUUUAGAUGAUUCGGAAUAAGUUCCUUGACAGCAUGUUCACUGCUGUACUAUAAACUCGUAUUAGUUUGGAUAUUUUGAACUUGCACAGUCAAGGCAGCUGGAUUUAUGACUUAUUUGAUUUUUGCAACUAUUAUUUCUGCAUAUGGGUCUUUUAGAUUUUUCUUUGAAGGAGUGAAAAUGAUUUCACAUUCAAGCUCUUGCUAUUGUUAUGCGCUGCGCAAUACACCGACACACAUCUUACUAAGCAUAAUGAGUAAUUUUGCAGUAAAAAAAUAACUUCCUGGAUCAUUUGCAUUCUAACAAACAAACAAACAGGAGGACCAAGGGAAAUGAAAAUGCGUAUCUAAUUUGAAAACUGAGUGGUCAUUUUUCAGUAAGCGGGCUCCUAAUUAUUCUUUGGCUGCACAUCUAAAGAAAUCCGGUGGCAUGGAUAUGCGAUUCCCACAGCCCUGCCCCCCUGUUCAAGAGCAUACAAACUUUCCAAACACACACAAACAUCCCCCUCAGCAUCCCAGGCCUUAUCCCACUAACCCUUUUGUCUCCACAUAGUAGUAGUUCUGUCCUCCUUAUUAUCUUCUGUGGUUUCUAUGUUCUCACUAGAAACCAGUGUGAUGUGGCCAACCCAAAGCAGCACCUGACUAUGUAGCGGUUUGCCACUAGACUGUAAAUAAGGGUGUUAGAGCACUGGGAAGGUCUUCUACACCUCAAAGAUGACCCAAGAGGUUGCCUAAACAGCUCUAGUGUAGUUGUAACUCUUCUAGAGAUCCAUAUCAACUUUAAACAGAAUAAAAGGCGACUAUUGUCUAUUACUGUUGUAUGUCAUGACAUAGUCUUUUGCUAUUCUGACUUGUUUUUGUCCUCAUUCUCAUGUCAUCAAGUUGACUUCAAGAGUUUUCAAGACACAUAGAGAUCCUUUGGCACAGCUGCUCUCAAAGUGAAGCUGUGAUAUAUAUAUAUAUUUUUUAAACUUGUGAUUUUGUGACAGUGGUGGAAAUCACAACUCAUCAGCGUUAGUGGAAGCGCCAAAUGGUAUUUCUGUAUCUGCUUCUUUGAUAUUAAGAAUAAAAUGAC